AUGGCAGCGUCGUCGUCCUCGUCGGAGAAGAAGAAAGAAGAGAAUACUGAGGAGGAGAAGGGAGGUGAGUUGUUGUUCUGUGGCGCGACCUCGUGGGAUAUCAUUGGACGUCGCAAAGGUGGGCUUGAUGGUAACUUGCUAUCUCCCACUCGGUUGAGGCCACUCGUCGGCGUCAACAUUCGUUUCGUCGCCUCUGGUUGCGCUUCGUGUCAUUGUGUGGCGUUGGAUGUUGAAGGUCGUUGCUACACUUGGGGACGUAAUGAGAAAGGUCAAUUAGGUCAUGGAGAUAUGAUCCAACGUGAUAGGCCAACGGUUGUGUCUGGACUCUCUAAGUGA